GGUGUAUGGAAAAAGAUUCCACUCGCCAAACUUUGCUGCGCUGUACGGUCUACAUAGGCGCCUCGUCUGGAGUCGAGCUGUCCGCCGGGAUCCGCGUCCCCGACUCCGCUGAGGCCAUGAAGAGACGGCUUCCGAAAAAAUACAUCAUCUUAAUUUUAGGAUAUUCAGUGGCGCUUCUUUUAAUCCCGUAUGUACUAGAUUACCGAAAUAAAUCGCCUCACGUAAAAGAUGGAUUUCAGCAACAGAAGUGUCCCGAUCUGAAGAGCACCAUCGCCCUGUGGAGCACCAGAGACAAGACUGGCGGCAACUCAACGGAGAUGGAGGACUACGGCAACAGGAGUCAGUCCAGAAUAAACAUAUACCUUCACGCAACCUGGAGGACAGGCUCUUCGUUUUUAGGGGAAUUAUUUAACCAACACCCCGAUGUGUUUUAUUUAUACGAGCCCAUGUGGAACAUGUGGCAGGCUCUCUAUCCAGGAGAUGCGGCAAGUUUACAAGGAGCGGUCAGGGACAUGAUGAACUCCCUCUUCAGAUGCGAUUUCUCCGUGUUAAGACUCUACGCGGGAUCCGCCAACAUAAGCACGUCGUUUAUAUUCGGCUGGAAAACCAACAAGGUCAUUUGUUCCGAGCCUCUGUGCAAAGCGUAUAAAAAGCACGAGAUCGGUUUGAUCCAGGGCGACGUGUGCAGCAAAUGCCAGCCCAGGGAUCUGAAAGAGUUGGAAAGGGAGUGCAAAAAGUACCCGGUGAUGGUCAUCAAAGACGUGAGGGUUUUAGAUCUCGGUGUUUUGGUUCCUCUGAUGCGCGAUCCCGCCAUAAACCUGCAGAUCGUGCAGUUGUUUCGCGACCCGAGAGCUGUGCACAACUCCCGGUUGAAAUCCAAACUGGCCCUGGUGAAGGAAAGCAUACAGGUGCUGAGGAGCAAGAAACAGACCGAUAAAUACAAGCGACUUCUGGUGCCUAGCAACCGUGUCAAUCGCGCCGAAAGCUACGUGUCCAGCGCGAUGGAGUUAAUCUGCGAUAACUGGCUAAACGACAUGCUGCUGGUCGUGAACGCGCCGGUGUGGGUGAGGAGAAACUACAUGCAGCUCAAAUAUGAAGAUCUGGUUCUGAGUCCCGUGGAAGAGCUGAGGAAGCUUUACCGCUUCUCCAAUCUAACCCUCGCUCCGGACAUGGUGAGGUUUGUGAUGAACAUGACCCGAGGACAGGGCUAUUCGUCGGAUAAACCCUUCCUCAUAUCAUCCAGGGAUGCGAGAGAGGCGAUAUAUGCCUGGAGAGAGAGGCUGAAUGUGGAGCAGGUGAACCAGGUUGAAGCUUACUGCAGUGAGGUUAUGAGGCACCUGGGAUAUCGCAAGAGGAGCAUGGACAACACCUAAGAUCAUCAGAGAUCACGAGCCUAAUGUACAGGAAAUGGAGCUUACAUGAAGCUACAGCAGGAGGUACGAUGCACUGAUGGAGCAGAGGAACCACGAGAUUUCACAGCGUUGUUGUUGUGAAACGCAAAGUGGAAGACAGGACGGUUUGACAGUAGACACUUACAAACCUACCAACCAACCUCAAAUGAUACUGACAAGAAUCUAACGAUACACUAACAAUAUCAGAGGGAAAACAUGGUAAACUAAAAUGGAUCAUCGACUGUCCUGACGGCCAGAUUUCAUCAGCAAUAAUCCCUGUCCAAUCCCCAGCAGCCCUAUAAUCGGCCACAGGAGAGAAAGACGCUCGAGUCUUUGUGCACGACUGUGUGUUUUUGAAAACACGCUAGGCCUGGUAAAGAGAGGAACUCUGCACUUUCAAUGGAAAAUUAUUGAGGGGGGAAUGCACAAAACCAACCGUGUUAACGUCAUAGGUGUCCCUAUUUUCAACAUUGUGCGAAACCGGAUGUUAAUAAAAUAAUGAAUGCGUCACCUGCCAAUUCAUGCAAUUUUAUGUAAAGCUCAAAUUCACUCCGUAUCCAGCGAGUUCCCAAAGGAAUUGCAAGCACCUGUGGCUUCACUUUCCUAACAACUCGCCCGACACCUCAGGUGGUGUGAAAUGUCACAGAUCCCCCUGGAGUUCACCAUUGAAUAUUCAGAUUGAAUCUGAACGUGUUGAUCCGCACACAUGUAAACCGGCUAUACAGCAAAGCAUCCCGGAUACUUGAUGGCGUGAACACUAUUGAAGCAGUCCUAUACCUGUUUGAAACUAAAACGGGUGUGAAUGAGCUCAAAAUGACAUGGACAGUAUUAUCAAAAAGUUAUUUUUUGUCGACUAGUGUUCAUCGUUCGAUUUGCUGCACCUUUUAAACGCAUAUUUUUCUCGAAGCCAUGUGAACAUUAACAAGUGAACUCUAUGAACAAUUCUGUUAUUUAUAAAUAAAACCUGUAAAUAAAAUUUUGUAGUAAACACCA